UUUUAAAUGGCUAAAAGUGAGAAAGAGGCUCUUUUAAAAGAAAGAUGCAUCAGUGCUUCACCGGAAAAGGAAGAGCUGAGCCACUGGGAGGCUGCCAAGAUGCUAUGGCAUCAAGACUGCUGUCCCUGUCUGCCUGCUCGCUACAUCCUCGCCGUAAUGAGCUUCUUUGGUUUUGUAAUAGUGUAUGCUCUGAGAGUAAAUCUCUCCAUGGCUAUAGUGGCAAUGGUCGGUAAUUCGUCCAAUGAAACAGAUCAUGAUCAUUUUAAUUGGACUUCAACUCAGCAAGGUUGGAUACUCUCGGCAUUUUUCUAUGGCUACAUCAUCACCCAGAUACCAGGCGGGUUUCUUGCUGGUGUGAUUGGAGGAAAGCUUGUUCUGGGACUUGGUAUAGUGAUUACUGCUGCCCUCUCUCUCCUGACUCCACUGGCUGCUAGGAUACACUUUGGAGCGCUCAUUGCCCUUAGAGUAUUAGAAGGAUUCUUUGAGGGCGUAACGUUUCCAGCAAUGCAUGCAAUGUGGGGCAAGUGGGCACCUCCUGCUGAAAGGAGCAUACUAACCACAAUUACUUAUGCAGGUCCGUUUUUUGGUAAUGUCAUCUCUUUCCCACUGUCUGCAGUUCUCUGUGUGUACGGGUUCGCUGGAGGCUGGCCUUCAGUCUUUUAUACAUUUGGUAUUUUAGGUAUUAUUUGGUAUAUUUUCUGGUUGUUGCUUAUUUUCGAUACUCCUGCUAAACACCCUCGCAUUUCAGAGCGGGAAAAAGAAUACAUUGAGGGCGGGAUUGCUGAUGUUAAUGUAGGAUCAGAAAAGGUCCCUGUUCCUUGGCUGCAGAUAUUAACAUCUCCGGCAGUGUGGGCUAUAAUAGUGGCCCAUGUAAGCGUCAAUUGGGGCAACUACAUUAUGCUAACAUGCAUACCAUCUUACUUUCAUGAUGCUCUGGGACUAUCAUUUGGACAAAAUCUUAUCGAAAAUGGGAUAUUUUCUGGCAUCCCAUAUGUCGGGUUUGUUGUAUCGACUAUAAUUGCUGGGCAAGUUGCAGACUUUCUGAGAAAGAAAUGGAUCUCAACAAAAAACGUUCGAAAAGGCAUAACACUUAUUGCAUUUGUCUUUGGUGCGGCUGGCCUUCUAGUUACCGGAUAUUUUGGUAAAAAGAAACUAGACUCUGUUAUAUUCCUCACCAUAUCUGUGACCGGAGUGGGUCUGGCAAACGCAGGAUUCAAUAUCAAUCAUAUUGACAUUGCUCCAAGGUUUGCUGGUGUUUUGAUGGGGAUCACUAACUGUGCAGCCACCAUCCCUGGCAUUGUGGCCCCUACUGUUGCUAAAUACAUUGCACAGAAGCCACCUGAAGGUUCUGAUGAGAGACACAUUUAUCAAGCCGAAUGGAGGGAAGUUUUUAUCAUAGCAGCUGAAGUGUAUCUCUUUGGUGCUGCAGUCUACUUGAUAUUGGCUGAAGGCACAAAGCAAUGGUGGGCAGAUGGAGUGAAAAGAGCUCAGAAAGAGACAAAGGAUGGACUGAUUGUUAGUCAGGAACAAAAGACAACUAUCCAGGAAAAGAAUGGCUCAUUACUUGGAAGCGGUUCAAGAUAGCUAAGCCAUGACUAUUAUUAUUUUUAUAGUUUUAUAAUAAUGCUUUUAAGGCACCUGCUGUCUCUUUAUUAUUAUUAUUAUU